AUGGCAGAGAUCAACGAACGCGCUUCCACAUCUUCUCCUCCGGAGCCAUCAACCCCAGCUCCAGGACCUGAAAUCAAGCAGCUUGCAGAUGUGAUGUAUGACAGAGUUGGGGCGUUCUUACAGUCGCAGAUUCAAGAGGUGGACGAACUUUUGAUACAUUCAAAUCAUUAUUUAGGCAGUGUCGAUGAAUACAAACUUCUGGAGGAUAUGAACAGAACAACCGCACAACGUUACGUUGACAUGAGAGUUGUGGCUGAGAAAAUUGCUGAAAAGCUUUCCCGACUAACCAAUAAAUUAGUAAUACCUGCAGACGAAUCUUUGCGUCCUUAUCUCCAACAGAUUGAUGAAAUGGAUGAAAGUACGAGAAAAUUAGAGGAGGCGGCAAAUGUUCUUGAUCAGUACGUCACGGGAUUAGGUAUGCAGCAUUUAAGGAAUUUUUUUCUAUCAAUAUACAGAGGGUUCCAAAACAUGCCUACUGCUUGA